CCAGAGCUUCUGACUUCAAGCUUCGGCUCCACCAAAAAAAAGUCCCGAAGCUCUCCAUAUGUACAGGAGCUACCUACUGUAAGCUCCAGGCUGGUCAUCAGCCCACGACAACGUCACCAACCCGGUCGCCUCCUCACAGCACCUCUCCUCCUGCUCCUGUUUCUGACCCUCCACCCCGAACCCAACUCUCGCGGCGUCGUGUAAACAUCACAUCACAUAAACUAAACAUGUCGUUGACCCGCCAAGCCGAGAGGAAUCUCCUCUCGCCCGUCCUCCGCCGCCGUCUCGCAUUACCCGCAUCUCCGGCAUCUCCAGCAUCUCGGCUCGUCGCCUCACAAUCACUACGCGGCUUCCAAACCAGCUCGCGAGUCCAGCUCCCUGCGCCCGGCAGCCUCGGUGGCUCGCAAUUCGGCUCGUCGGGCAGCGCACCGCCCUCAUACUUCCAGCGGCCUUCACUGCCCGCCAACACCGUGAUCCGGUUCGUGCCGCAGCAGACGGCAUGGAUCGUCGAGCGCAUGGGCAAGUUCAACCGCAUCCUGCCCCCGGGCCUGACGGUGCUGAUGCCCUUCAUCGACCGCAUCGCCUACGUCAAGAGCCUGAAGGAGCAGGCCUUCGAGAUUCCGAGCCAGAGCGCCAUCACCGCCGACAACGUCACCCUGGAGCUUGACGGUGUGCUUUACACCAGGGUCUUCGAUGCAUACAAAGCGAGCUACGGCGUGGAAGACGCCGAAUAUGCCAUCUCGCAGCUCGCCCAAACGACCAUGCGCUCCGAAAUCGGCCAGCUGAGCCUCGACCACGUGCUGAAGGAGCGCGCGGCCCUCAACACCAACAUCACGGCGGCGAUCAACGAGGCGGCGCAGGCGUGGGGCGUCACGUGUCUGCGGUACGAGAUCCGGGAUAUCCACGCGCCGGCCGCCGUGGUCGAGGCCAUGCACCGGCAGGUAACGGCGGAGCGGUCGAAACGGGCCGAGAUCCUCGAGUCGGAGGGCCAGCGGCAGAGCGCCAUCAACAUCGCUGAGGGCAAGAAGCAGAGCGUGAUCCUGGCCUCCGAGGCCCUGCGCGCUGAGCAGAUCAACCGCGCCGACGGUGAGUCCCAGGCCAUCCUCAUGAAGGCCAAGGCAUCGGCCGCCGGCAUCGACGCCAUCGCCGGCUCCAUCGAGGCGGGCGGCUCGGCUGCCCAGGGCGCCGUCAGCCUCAGCGUCGCCGAGAAGUACGUCGACGCCUUCGGCAAGCUGGCGCGUGAGAGCACGGCCAUCGUGGUCCCCGGUAACGUCGGCGACCUCGGCGGCAUGAUCGCCACGGGCCUGAGCGUGUACGGCAAGGUCGGCGAGGCGCAGUCGAGGACCAUGGCCGAGAGGAUGGUCAAGGACUCCGUUCAGGAAGACUCGGGCGCCACCAAGUCUGGAAGGGAGCAGGAGGGCGGCAUCGUGGGCGAGGUGGUCAGGGAGUUCGACAACACUGCAAGCAGGAAGUGAGAGAGAGAGAGAACGCCGUUCGCCCCCAUGAAGGAAAGGGGACGAGAGAAAGCGCAGUAAAUAACCCACAUUUCAACGAAAACCCGGGAUAUGUGACCUUGUGGGGAGGGGAAGAAUGUACUACUACUAUAUGACGAAGGAAAGUGAGCACCCCUUAUGUGCAAUAACGGUUUCGCAUGAGCAUGGCUUCAGUCAUCUAAUCGGGUGGUGUUUGUGAGACACAAAAGCAGGCAUGGCGUUUUGGCCGUCAUGGGCAUAUUACAUAUUACGGCGUCGUAUUUCGCCAUUAGGGCAGAAACUGAAGCAUGUAUUCUAUAAAAGCUGACGGGGGCGCGGCGGAAUAAGACAGCUCAGCUCAGAUGCUAACAUCUUGGUAUCCCCUCUUAUUUUUGGGAUGAAAAAAAUAACAAAGUAUAUUUGAUACUAUGA